AUGUCGAUUGUGACCGACCAAGUUCGGCGCGUCGACGCCCAGAUAGACCGUAUCCUUCUGAAUCCCCUGGUUGAUACGGAAGAUGCUGUUGAGGAGCAGGAUGACGGUAGCACCGAGAUCGGCGCCCGCAGCACAGCCGCGGCCGACCUCUCAUCCCCGAGGGUGAACGAUCUACUGCGCAUCGUGAAGCGACUCUCAACAACAUCUACUAUCAUACUGCCUGCUGCGAGCAUCACCGGGCUUCUUCACCAGUCCGGCCUCGCUACUGCCGAUGAGCGUCCAGACGUUCUCGAGGCCAAGAGCCAGUACGAGUACGAGGUCGAGUGGCUACUCGUCAGCAAGGCCACCACACAGACCUAUGGAUUGAUUUUAAACACCUUCCUGGACCAGAUCAUCCCUCUCAGUCAUGACAUCUGGUACUGGGACCAGGUUCUAGGGUCGUAUACUUACAGCAGUCUCUACGCUGCUCAGACGUCGCCCAUGCGCUGGUGGACAUGGGGCAAGGACGUCUAUCAGGAAAGCAGAAUACGUUCAACCUUUUUGCGGCGUGCCAGCUUGUUCAGCAGGUCACCACAGUCGGACAACGACGGUUUGGCCCAGCGAUGGGCCCGGUUUUAUUCCAUCGUGCGAGAGACCGUGAUGGAGCGGUCCCUCAAAGAUGUGCAACGCAAAAUGUUCUCUACGGUAUCCUUGUGCCGAUCCGAAGCCAAGCAGAAGCAGCUACAACUCAAGAGGCUGCGCGAAAUGACGGCGACCGGGUUGGGCGUCUUGGUGGAUGAAGGUCUUAACUUUGAAAUCGACGACGAAAAGAGCGACGUCCGCGACCACAGCGCCGAGUUACGAGGUGUCGUGGAGCGAAGCGUCGCCCUUAUGGACCUGGUACUCCGAGAUGCAUCGAACCUGGAACAUCGCGUGUCAGAGUUCGAGGACAAGGUUUUCGCCGGAAUCGAGGAGGACCCUGAUUUGUCGAUUCAUGCCGAUGAGAUGGUCAACAAACCUGCCAUCGUGGCAAGGAGGCUGCUCUCUAUCUUGGAGGACCGCAUUCCGGGACACGUUGUAGAGACGAACAAGAUCGUGGCCGCCAACGGCCGUCCGUCACGACUCGUCAGGUACUGGCUCCCCAUGGGCCUGCUCUUGGUAUCAUCCUCCACGCUCCUCCGCAUUCUGGCCAACCGCAAAGCCGACAUCAUCGACUGGAUCCGAGACCUCGGCGUAACAACGCGAGACUUCUGGUUCAACUGGGUAGUCGAGCCGGUGCGCAAGGUAGUUGGCACGAUUCGACAUGAUUCCCAAUCCGAGAUCGCCAUCAUGAGCCGCGACAGCUUGAAGGCCGACCGCGAGAGCCUGGAGCGGAUGGUGGUGGACUUCGCGGUCGACAAGCCCAGCCUUGCGGAAUCCUCUUCCCCCCUCACCGAGACGCAGAUUGCCGAGAUCCGCGACAAGGUCAAGGAGGGCGAUGUUACUCCCGUCCUCAAAGCGUACGAGAGAGACCUCCGGAAGCCCUUUGUCGGGGCUGUGAAGGGCGACCUGGUCAGGAGCCUCCUGAUCCAGGUGCAGAAGACCAAGGUCGACCUCGAGGUGGCUAUCAGCGGGAUCGACGCCCUGCUCAAGUCGCAGGAGCUGGUCUUUGGGUUCGUGGGCCUCACGCCGGGUAUCCUCGUCUCCAUCACGGUGCUCUCGUACCUGCGUGGCGUGUUCCUGAGCAACCGCAGGGGCAUCCGGCAGCAGGGCGAGCGCGUUGGCCGGUGCGUGAGGACGCUGCGCAACAUCGACCGCAUCUUCACCGAGGCGACACCCGUCAACGGCAUCCUGGGAUACAAGGACCACGGCCUGCUGGUCACAGAGGUGCACACCCUGCGGAACCUGGUGCGGGUCGGGAGGUUCAUGCCCCGUGAGGUUGAGAGCGAGUUCCUUGAGGACCUCGAGGACGUGGCGAACGGCAAGGGGAUCCAGAUCCAGGUCAGGGCGCUGGACAGGAUCCGGUGGGCUUAUGCCAGGUGGUUGCGUGCCAACUAG